AUGGAGGGUGCAAUCAUUGCAAGGACCAGCUUUGAUUCAAAAACAGUAGCAUUUCCAAUUUACAGUCACACUACAUAUAAGGAUAUAUGUGAGGAAAUAUGUUCUAGAUUUGGUGGUGGAGAUGCUGAAUUGUCAUAUGCAUUUGAAGGUUACUCAGCAUGCUUGCUGCAAACAGACAUGGAUGUCCAAAUGAUGUAUCUAUCACUUUCAAGUGCAAACAUAUCAUCUGUGGAUAUAAAUGUUAACUUGUCUAUGGUAUCUCAUGGGGAAAAUUGUGGUAACAUUGCUCACAAGUCUCCAUAUUUAAGCCUUGAACCAGACACCCCUGAUGAUGUUAACCACCAUUUUGGGAAGUUUGCCACACCAACGGGAAAGAAGUAUUUGUCUAGUGAUUGGAAGAACUAUAUUAUGUGUGUUGGGCAAAAAUUUGAGGGUGGUGUCAAUGACUUUAGAGAAAAGCUAGCCAAGUAUGCAAUUGAAAAGGGUUUUCGUUAUAAAUGCGUGAAAAAUGAACCAUCACGUGUCACUGCUGUUUGUCAUAAGAGGAAUAGUGAAGGAUGCUUGUGGAAUGUUCAUGCGACUCUCAAUCGUACAAAUGAUUUUUUUUACAUUCGACAAUUGAACAAUGAGCACACGUGCAAUGGUCACAUCCGUGAUAGUAGUAGCCCUUUAAUGGGAUCAAAAAUUGUGUCAUCAGUUUUGGCGAAUCAGGUUCGAAGUAGUCCCCUCUUAAGACCAGUCGACAUUGUUAGGGAUUUCAAGAUGAAUUAUGGGCUGGAGAUUUCAUACUACAAUGCGUGGAAAGGUAAAGAGAUGGCGAAAAAGGGUGUCCACGGUGAUGAGGCACUGUCAUAUAAACAUAUGGAGUGGUAUGUUAAUGAGUUGGUUAAGACAAAUCCCGGAUCUUAUGCUAACCUAGAAUGUGAUGCAGACCACCGUUUUGUACGAAUGUUCAUCUCAUUUCAAGGGUGCAUCGAGGGGUUCAUCAACUCUAGUAAAUUCCAUUUCAAGAAUUUUGGCUUCAGUUCAUCCCGUCCUUUAAUUGGUUCAAUGAACCGGGUACGUUCACAAAACCAAAACUACAAGGAAAUCAAUAAAGACAAUAAACCAAAACAGCAUUGGAAUCCACUAAACCAUAUUUGCAACAAUAUAAUUGAUCAAGAUCAGACAAAAAAUUAA